AUGUUCACUUCCCCACGACGAUGGAUUUUCAUCGUCUCUCCACUCAUUACCCUCAGCCUGAUUUAUUACCUCUACCUCAACCCCCACGGCCACUCGGCCGCAGCCAAAAAUGCCGAACAUUCUAUCCACGCCGAGCAAGGCCAGAUCAUUAUCGAAGAACCGUCUCCUCCGACCAGUGACUCCGUCCCCAAGACACCCAAACCCACCAAGCAGGAGCUUGAGGAGAACCAGUGUGGCCACGUUCGCCGAGAUAUGGAUGAUAUCUUUGUUGUCUUGAAGACGGGCGCCACUGAGUCUCAACAAAAGGUCCCCGUGCAGCUCCGCACCACCCUUCAAUGUGUCCCCAACUACGCCAUCUUCUCCGACUACGAGGAAACUAUCAGCGGCGUGCCAACCUACGAUGUCCUCAGCAACGUGACCGAAGCAACCAUGAACAGCGAGCCCGAGUUCAACAUCUACCACCGUUUGCAACAGGUUGGCCGGGAAGGCCUCACCGAUGAAGAAUGGGGUGACCACGAGAACGGUCCCUUCGGAAAGACCAACAAUCCCGGAUGGAAGCUGGACAAGUGGAAGUUCUUGCCCAUGAUCGAUGGGGCAUUGGAAGCGAUGCCGGAUGCCAAGUGGUACAUCUUUAUCGAGGCCGAUACUUAUGUCGUGUGGCCCAACCUGAUCAACUGGCUGAACCACCUGGACCACACUCGAAGCUAUUACAUCGGAAGCCCUAUGCAAAUCGGCGAUAUCCUGUUUGCUUAUGGAGGCUCUGGCGUUAUUCUCUCCGCCGAGGCAAUGAAGCGUCUUCAAACAUACCGCUCCGAACACCAAGCCGAGCUGGAGAAGAUGACCGCCGAUGAGUGGGCUGGAGACUGCGUCCUCGCGCGGGCCUUUGACCAAAUCAAAAUCCCACUCACCUGGGCCUGGCCCAUGAUGCUGACCACUCGACCCUGGGAGAUUGACCACUUCUCCGAGGGUUACGGUCGCCAGCCCUGGUGUUACCCAGCUGUUUCAUACCACCGUAUGACCCCUCGAGACAUCGAGGAGAUGUGGCGAUUCGACCGGACAUGGUUCAGAAGUGGCAAGAAUGCUCUUCUCCUCCACGCCGAUGUAUACCGUGAAUUCAUUCACAACGGUAGCCUCGCUGGACGCGAUGAUUGGGACAACAUGUCACCCAUUGAUAUAAUCUUCGAUGAACCCACCAAACCCUCGCUGGAGAGCUGCCACCAAGCCUGCACGCAGAACAAGGAGUGUCUGCAAUAUACCUGGAACCAGAAGGAGAAUACUUGCAAGCACGCCUCAACGACCUUCCACGGCGCUGCAAGCAAUGGCACAUACUCCGGCUGGAUGACCCAUCGUGUGCAGAAGCUUCUGCGAAACUUCCAGUCAUCUUGUCCACAAGUCGAAUACAUCUUUUGA